CAUACAUACCCUUACCCGUUUCGUCUUCGCCACAAGAGCUAUAUCCAGAGCCGCCCUUAGCGGCGAAGGUUGAAAAAAGCUUUCAUAUAAACCCAUUAAAUUCACAAAAGCCUCUUUCAUUGCUUCAUCGAUUCCUUUCUUUCUCUCUAUCUUCCUUCCUCCUCUGCUUUUCGCUUGAUUAUUACCCUCAGUCCCACACUUCUGCCUUUUCUUGGCCCUAUUUACCUAAUUAGUCACCAGUUGAUUAUUCUUCUUCCCUACAAAGUUUUAUUCCAGGGAAAGAUGGAAAUGAUGCCGUACCAGCUUUCCCGAUUACCUUACCAGGAUUCCCUCAAAAUGCUGGAGGCUGAUAUUCAGCAUGCCAAUGCUUUGGCUGCUGCGAUUCCGAGAGCCAAGGGUGGGACUCUUCUUCAGAUGAAAUUGGUUUACAAUGACUGGGCCCCACUCUUUCUCUUCUUGCUACAAUGGAUGGAUUGCUCUUGCGCUUGCUUUCUUCAAAGAUAUCUGAGCUUCUUUCAUGUGCUUAUCUAUAAGGUUCACAAAGAGGGAAGAUCAACCAUAUCUGCUUAUGGAAGGAAGGCUACCAUCAGGGACUUUUAUGCCGUUAUAUUGCCAUCUCUCCAGCGGCUUCAGGGGAGCUUGGAGAAGUUGGAAGUUCCUAAGGAAGGUUAUUCGAGCAUAGAAGGUUCCAGUUCUAAGAAGAAGAAGAUCGAAGCAGAUGGGAGACUAAGCAGUGUGGAUCUUGAGAGAGAGGACGAAUGUGGAAUCUGCUUGGAGGGUUGCACCAAAAUGGUUUUGCCUAAUUGCUGCCAUGCCAUGUGUAUCAAAUGCUACCGCAAGUGGAACAGAAGGUCAGAGUCUUGUCCAUUUUGUCGCGGUAGCUUGAGGAGAGUUAAUUCAGAGGACUUAUGGGUGCUAACCUGUAAUGACGACGUUGUCGAUGCCGAAACAGUGUCCAAGGAGGACUUGUUGCGAUUCUACCUCUACAUCAAUAGCUUACCUAAAGAUUACCCAGAUGCACUCUUCCUAAUGUAUUAUGAAUACUUAAUUUGAUUUUUCCACAUUAUGGUGAAAAGCCAUGUACAGAAAUCGAAGGCCAGGCCGCAAAUGUGAAUACAGCCUGGUGAUGAGAAAUAUCUCUAGACAUUUCUGCAUAUUGCUCUGGUAAGAUGAAGUUAUGGAAUUUUAGUCCAUAUAUAAUUAUAUGUCAUUGUAGACAAUGCAUAAUGUAUAUUGUAAGGGUCCCCUUCUUAGAAGUCAUUGUGGAGGACCCUUUGUUCAAAUCCAUCUUGUGUGUUA